UGCAGCCGAGUACUUCUUUGCCCAGGAUAACUUACCAAAUGACAUUUAUCAAAAAGAGAUUUUGACAAGUCAAUGAUCAGUUUAUUAAAAGAACCAUAAAGUAGCUUGGAAUCUUGGAAAAUACUUCAAGAAGAUUUUGAGGAAUUAAAGGAAUUUUAGGGAAAUUGUGGGACACAAACAACGGCAAGCAUCACAAACUGGAGACGUUCUUGCAAAUCAUCCUCAAAAUUUCUCCAACAAAUUCUCAAGAUCCCCAAGGUAAGGACAAGCUAAGAGGACUUAGCAGGAUCAAAUAAGGAUUUAGAGGCCUUGCAUACAGGGGUGAGGUAUAAGGUGGGGAAACAGCUGAGAACCCAGAAACCUGCUGCUACUAAUGUAAACAGACAGCACCAUGCCAACCCUGCUGCCAACCUGUCACAAGAGGACCCAGACAACAGCAGGACAGACAUUCCUGCUUUUGUUCUUCUUUGUUAUCUUCAACCAUCAGCAGGUAACAGGCUCAGUGCUUGAAAGUCUGAUAGCUAAACGGACUGAAUACUGGGAGGAAUGCAACAGAACUCUGGCGACACGGGCACUCCCAGAAAGUGGAAUCUACUGUAGAGGAACAUUCGACACGUUUGUGUGUUGGCCCCAUUCACCUCCUGGGAAUGUGUCUGUCCCCUGUCCUUCUUACUUACCAUGGAUCAACGGCUCCAGGAGGGCACAUCGUGAAUGCUUAGUAAAUGGGAGAUGGCGACAGAGGGAGAAUUCCUCCGAGACCUGGAGGGAUGACUCAGAAUGUAAGGACCACCAUUAUUUCAAAGAUAAGGAGGAUGAAAUGCUUCGCCAGACAGCCCUCAGGCUCAUCUCUGUCAUCGGCUAUUCCCUGUCCUUGUCCUCUCUCUUUAUUGCCACUCUCCUGAUGGGCAUAUUGAGGAAGCUCCACUGUACCAGGAACUACAUACACAUCAAUCUGUUUGUGUCAUUCAUCCUGAGAGCCAUAGCUGUCAUCUCUAAGGAAAUUGUAUUAUACAUCAUGUAUUCCAAGCUACCCAAGGACGAUCCAGGAUGGAACUCCUACUCAAUCUCUACGACAGCAUUGAUAUGUAAAUUUUCCAAAGUGUGUAUGGAAUACUUUGUGGCCUGUAACUACUUCUGGCUCUUGGUGGAGGCCAUUUUCCUCCACACGCUGCUCUUCACAGCUGUGCUGACUAAGAGACGUCUGCUGAAGAAAUACAUGCUCCUAGGAUGGGGGACACCUAUUUUGUUUGUAACACCAUGGACAGUGCUCAAGAUUUUAUAUGAAAACACAGAAUGCUGGUCAAUUGUGAACAAAUGGUUCUGGUGGAUAAUAAGAGGCCCAAUUACUUUAUCAGUGCUUGUCAUUUUCUUCAUAUUCAUCAAGAUUCUGAUGCUGCUGCUGUCCAAGCUGAAAGCAGAUCAGGUGACGUUUACAGACUACAGAUACAGCUUGGCCAGAGCAACAUUGGUACUGAUUCCUCUGCUGGGAAUCCAUGAAGUGGUCUUCACGGUGCUGAUAGAUGAAUGUGUGGAGGGCAGCAGUCGCUACGCCAGGAACUUUAUCAACCUCACUCUCAGCUCGUUUCAGGGAUUUUUGGUUGCUGUGCUGUACUGUUUUGCUAAUGGAGAGGUCCAAGCUGAACUAAAGAAGCGCUGGCAGCUUUUCCUGUUUACCAAUCACUUCCAGGUGAGGAGCUGUUUUCGGUGCGUACCCCUCAAGUACCUCUGGAAGUGCACUCGAUGGCGCCGCCCACAGUGCUCUCGGCAGAGUGACUUCUUUGACGAGGGCGGUACCUCCACAACACAUCCACACCUGCUUCAGGUAGCUGAACAUGAAGGAGGUGAAGGACUUAGACAAGGAGAGGUUAAAGGUCAGGGUUUGAAGGGCUGUGACACAACAGGGCUUGACUUUCUCAACAGGAAGAGCCUGUCCAGUAGUGAUGGAGAGAUGACUCUAGGGGAGACCAUGGAGGAGAUUCUGGAGGAAAGCCAAUUCUGAUCCCAUUGAGGUUGUUGGUGCUUUUGUCAUAUUUUAUGAUAUAAGUGCAUAUCAUUAUAUUGAAUGCUAAAUCAUGUGGGUCCUGAUGCCUUGUCCUAUAGAUGGGCCCUGUGUUAAAAUCUAGACCUUUCUUAUUUACAUUGUGUUCAUAGUGUAUGUAUUCCCGACUAAAGCCACCACUUAUAGUUGACACAGACAAACGUCCCUGUGAGUAGUCACCAAGUCUCUAUAAGGGCCUAUUGCCCAGGGAAUAGGCAGUGAUAAAGGCUUGGUGAAUACUUACAGGGCUAGUUGGUGAGCUAAGGUCUAACACUAGCAAGCUGUUUCCUUCACUCAUGAUAUGUUCUUGGGAUCUGAUAUAAUUUCAAGCUCAUUACCAGUCAUUGGUGGGAUGUCACAUUAGCAACAUUGUGUUAAUUUAAGACAUGUAUUUGUACCAUCAACUCCUGUCUAAAAACUACGGAGGAGGGUUAGUGUAAAUAAAAGUAGAUAGAGCUAUGCUAACAUCCUCAAUUUUGAACUCUUCAGGUCUAGGUGAAUGUUUAGCACAAAUUUACUUAUCCCCUAAAAGUGAAUUCACUGAAUUUUUGUUUUUUUUACUGUGCCAUUUAACUAUUUUAAUGGCUGGUGUCACCAGGCCUUAAUUAAGGAGUAGUUGUUGGUCUCUGAUUGGUCUGUGCAAAUAUUCAAGUUGCCAUGAGUAGUCUACUGUGUGCACUAUCAUUUGAAGUGAUAUUACUUCUACUUCAUGUGAUGUAUUUCUUUUUGGUUUGUUGCAUUUUAUGCGUUGUGCUUUGCUUUGUAGUUUGAAUAGUUAUUGUCAUCAGCAACAUUUGUAAUGUGAUUGUUUAAGCAAGAAAAUCAUCCCAAAUAAAUAUUGUGAACCCCUUUAAAA